AUGGAGCCCUGGAACUCCACCUUGGGAAGCGCCUUCAUCUUGAUGGGGAUUCUGAAUGACAGUGGGUCCCCUGAGCUGCUCUGCUCCACAAUCGCUGUCCUGUACAUGUUGGCCCUGACCAGCAAUGGCCUUCUGCUCCUGGUCAUCACAGUGGAUGCCUGGCUCCACGUGCCCAUGUACCUCCUGCUUGGGCAGCUCUCGCUCAUGGACCUCCUCUUCACAUCUGUCGUCACUCCCAAAGCCCUUGUGGAUUUUCUGAGCAGACAAAACACCAUCUCGUUUGGAGGCUGUGCCCUUCAGAUGUUCCUGGCCCUGAUGCUGGGUGGUGCAGAGGACCUCCUCCUGGCUUUCAUGGCCUAUGACAGGUACGUGGCCAUUUGCCAUCCUCUGAACUACAUGGUCCUCAUGAGGCCUAGGGUCUGCUGGUCCAUGGUGGCCACAUCCUGGAUCCUGGCCUCCCUGAGUGCUCUGGUAUAUACCAUGUAUACUAUGCACUAUCCCUUCUGCAAUGCCCGGAAGAUCAGGCACCUGCUCUGUGAGAUCCCACCCUUGCUCAAGUUGGCCUGUGCAGAUACUUCCAGAUAUGAACUCAUGGUGUAUGUGAUGGGUGUGACCUUCCUGAUACCUCCUCUUGUUGCUAUCCUUGCCUCCUACACAUUGAUCCUCUUUGCUGUGCUCCACGUGCCCUCAACGGAGGGAAGGAAGAAAGCCCUGGUCACGUGCUCUUCCCAUGUGAUGGUGGUCGGGAUGUUCUAUGGAGCUGCCACAUUCAUGUAUGUCUUGCCCAGUUCCUUUCACAGUCCCAAACAGGACAACAUCAUCUCUGUUUUCUACACAAUUGUCACCCCAGCCCUGAACCCCCUCAUCUACAGCCUGAGGAACAGGGAUGUCAUGGGGGGCAUGAGGAAGGUCCUGGGAAAAUACAUUUUACUUGCUUAUUCUCUGCUUCUACCCUCCAGAAUGAAAGCUCGAUGA